AUGAUGAGAAAAUCCGCAGGCUACGAGGCAAAAGCGUACACAUCUGAAGAUGCAGAUAUUCCGAGAAAAUGUGUUGUGAUUCACAAGAAGAAAAUUGGUAAUACAAUGGAAAAGAUUGAACUUCGUUAUGUGGCAUACAAUCGUAUCGAAAACGGAGUUCAUAGCACUACUAUGGAAGUUAUCAACGAUGCAUCGACCUAUUUCAAGGACCGUGCCGAAGAUCUCGACUACCAAAAUGAUUCAUUGAGUCAAAGUUCACUUCAAAAGACAGUUACAAUUGCGAAAAGUGAGGAGAAAGAGAAGAAGAACAAGGAGAAAUUGGAACAAUGUCUUCCUCUUCUAAUGAAAAUCCGUGCUCGUUUUGAGGAAAAUGAGAAGAACAGCUCGUACAGUGCCCACAAUAGAAGUCAAAAUGGUGCUCUCAAAGUACUUUGUGAUGAAAUUGUGGCCGAAGCAACUUAUGAAAUCAACAACGGACAUCCAAUUUCUUCGGAUCUUAUCAAAAAGAUUGCAAAUAUCAAUACUCUUUCGAGACAAGUUAUUGCAAAAGAGAGUAAACUGGAGAGUCUCGUUCCAGAUGAGAACGAAUUGGCUGCUUCGAAAUCGAAGACAAGUGAUAAAUUCUCGAAAUGA